UCAGGUACCAGUGGAGUGAAUUACACUCAUGUGUUCAUCAGUUCUGGUGAAAAUGUCCGUCUGCACUGUAAUAAUGCUCUUCAUGACUGCACAUCAACUACAUGGAGCUAUAACAGAUUCACAGAUUCAGCAACAGUUGAACUGAUUGCUGGAGGGAUAAAGAAGAAAAAAAUUGAGAGAUAUAAGAGACUGAGUCUGAGGUCUGACUGCUCUCUGAACAUCAGGAACAUCACAAAAGAAGAUUAUGGACUUUACAUCUGCAGACAAUAUGUGAACAACAAACUGCAAGGAGCUGAUGCAUGUGUUUAUCUGCAUGUUCUUCAUGUCUCUUCAUCAUCCUCACAGACUGAGAUCAGUGCAGGCAGCUCUGUGACUCUCUCCUGUCAGUUGUAUUCACAUUCAUAUUCAUAUGCUGGAGCCUCUUGUGAUGAUUGGAUCCGUUCUGAAGGAAUUCAGAUGUUCUGGGUGAAUCCGACUGGUGUUACAUUGAUGAUAUCAGACUCCAGAUAUCAGAUAUUAUUCUCAUCAGGACACUGUAUCAUCACUCUCAAUACAACACUCCUGAAUAAAGACGACAAUAGAGAGUGGAGAUGCAAUGUUACUCACAGAAAUCAAGUGAAGACCUCAGCCACAUAUACUGUCAGGAUUUCAGUGAUUGUGAUUAUUGUUGAGUUUGCAGUGUUUGCUGCUCCUACUGUGAUUCUUCUUCAGAUCAUCUGUGCAAGAAGAGCUGGGAGGAAAAACUCGCAGCACCAAAAGAAAUAG